ACACACCGUCAUCUGUGUGCGUUGAUGAUUAAAAGUCUAAAUAAAAUUUGUUAGGCGUUGUUUUUAGUGGAAAAAACAAUUGUGAUGGCCCCUCAACCUGUGGUAACGGGCCUGUCACCCAAAGAAGGCCCUCCAGGCACUAGAGUUAUCAUACGCGGCGAGUUUCUGGGCACCCGCAUGCACGAUUUGAUCGGUCUCAAAAUCUGUGGAUCUGAUUGCCUGCUGUCAGCGGAGUGGAAAUCGCCAAAUAAAAUAAUAGCACGCACAGGUCCAGCAAAGGGAAAAGGCGAUAUUAUAGUGACCACAAUAAGUGGCGGUGUGGGCACGUCAACGGUGCAGUUUCGUGCUUAUCAUGAGACGAUUGGCCCAUUAAAAGAAUCAGCUGUGUGGAUUGAGGAAUCGCCGUCACAGAAUUUUGCCUGGGGCCGUCGCACGCUUACACAGUCAGGAUUGACGCAGGAGGAUCCGCUGGGCUUGUCUAUAGAGGGCAAUGAACAGAAAAUACCCGAAGACUUGCGUGAUUUGUUUCCCGAUGCUUGCGGUGAUUUAUCGCAAGAGAAUUUUUCGCCCGCUUGGUUUAUGUUGGAGAAUCACUUGGCCACUUCAUUUGAAGACCUGAAAGCUGGUUUGGCCUACUUGAAACGCAAAGUAGAGAGUCAGAAGGAAGGUCAACUAUCAUUUCUUAAGUCGAAUGCCGGUUCUGUAAUUGAUCAACUGGACACGCUAAUGAAUAUUAGAGAUAAGCUCCAGGAGGAUGUGAAGCUACACGGCACGGAGCCGCUAAAUGUGCUUGAGCAGUCCAUUGAGAAUUCCAUUCACGAAUCGCAAAAGAUCUUCAAUGAUGUUCUGCUGCGGAAGGAGAAGGCAGACUCCACGCGCUCCGUGCUCUUUGCGCUGUCGCGUCACAAGUUUUUGUUUUGUCUGCCCAAUACCGUGGAUCGACGCGCCAAGGCGGGCGAGUAUGACAUUGUGGUAAAUGAUUACUCGCGUGCCAAGAAUCUAUUUGGCAAAACGGAGCUGCCCAUAUUUCGUCAGGUGCUCGAGGAGGUGGAUCAGCGCAUACUGUUGAUACGCCGUCAGCUGCAUGAGAAGGUGGUCAAGAUGCCCCAAAGUGUUGAGCAACAAAAGAAACUAAUCAAAGCGCUGACCAGCCUGGAGCUGCAGCAGAGCGGUACUGCAAUUGGUGAACGCCUGCGCAACACAGAUCCUGCCUGGGAUGCUAUUGAAGCACGCGCCAAGUACUUGGAGGCCACAUUCCGUCAGACAUUUGAGCAGUACGCCAACAAGGAUGUCAACACUCAGGACAAAUCGAAAAGCCGUGAUCCCAAUCAGCCGCCCAAUCGUGUCAAUUUCUGUGAAGAGCUUUGCGACAUUGCCGCCUCGCAGCUGCCAGAUCUGUGGCGCCUAGGCCAGCUGUACUUCACAGGAGAGCUGCGUGGUCCGCAUGAUCCUAAGCCGGGCGACUUUAAGCGCAUGGUGCUCAAUGCCAUUGACAAGUUCUGCAUCUAUUUGCGUCUGGCCAUACUUAUAGCUGCCGAUCAGCGUGCGCUGCGUCAGUCCAGCGGUUUGGCCUGGCCCAUUGGCUCCGCUUCGGCUACGCAUCAGUUUCUGCCGUGGAUACCACAAUGUUUGCGUUAUACGCGCAUUGCUUAUGCUACACUCAUUGGCUUGGAUCUGCCCUCGGAGGCGUUGGAUAUUAUACAGAAACUCAUAGAUGAGGUGCGGCUAUUUUGCUUUUCCAUUAUCUUUAAGCGUGCCACGGAUCGCUGCAAGAAGCUGGGCGUGCAUGAAACUUGGGAAAUGACAGUGGAGGAUUACCCAGGUGCCACACAGCUGCCCGCAGCGCUGGAAGCCUUGCUGGUGGAGACUCUGGACGAAGUGCAAACUGUUUGCAUGCAGCCGGAGGCACGCGAAGGAAAUCUACUAGAGCCGCAUUCGGAUGGGCAGCGCGAGGUGACGCAGCGACUGCAGGAGCUGCUAAGCGCCUUCAGUGGUGUCAUAGCCGAGCUGGCGUAUCCAUGCCAUGACGACGAAACGCCAACACAUAAUGUAUCCCAGCUGCUGGGCUUUCCCAACUCCCAACAGCCAGAGUCGGUAAACGCUGGCGCUGGCAGUGGUGCCGCCAUUGGCUGGGAGCAGCGCAUGCUCUGCUGCUUGGCCAACUACGCGUAUUGCAACAAAAGCUUUUUGCCGCACAUUGGACAGUUAUUUGUGAAGUACGGCUAUCCGCUGCCCACGCUGGCGAUUGAGUCGGCGCGCUAUAAUGUUAACCAGCUCUUUACCAAUUUGCUGGAGGAGUAUGUGGAGCAUAAGGGAGAUCCGCUUGUGGGCACCAUUGAGCCUUCUAUGUAUCUGGGCCGCUUUCAAUGGGAUCACGAGAUGGAGCUGGGCCAGGGACAGCUGCGUCCAUAUGCACACGAAUGCUGUGAUAAUCUAGUGGGUGUCUACUCGGAGAUCUAUAGCAUAUCGCCAUCGCUGCUGCGUCCCAUACUCGAGUCCAUUGUGCAGACCAUCUCUGAGGAGCUGGCGCGUCUAAUGAGCUGCGUCCAGCGCUUCAGCUAUACGGGUGCAAUACAGGCGCAUGUGGACAUACGCUUGCUGCGAGAUUCGCUCGAGAAUUAUGCCAACGAAACGGCCAAAAACUAUUUUAUGGAGGCACUGGAGGCCAUCAACCCGCCGCUGAAUGGUGAGCAAAAGCGCAAGGCGGAUGAGAUUCUGGAGCGUGUGAAGCGUCAAAUGCGACUGCAGGUGCUCUGCUUUAGUGUUACGGAACCGUAGUUCUAAACUGCAAUCAAAAAUGUUUAGAUUAAUAUAC